AUAUUUGAAGAUAAAUAUUAAUUCCUCGUUUAUUGCUAGAAGUACCGGUCGGGGAUUAGCCCAAGGGGAUCCUUUGUCGCCGUUACUUUUUAAUGUUGUAACAAUGGAUAUUAGCAAACAAAUAAAUAUUGUGACUGUCUCACAGUAUGCUGAUGAUUUUGUACUGUAUACCACAAACCAAUAUGUUUCCGACUCUGUAAGAAUAUUGCAAACAGCCUUAAACAACUUUGUAUAUUUGUUACAUGAUAUAGGUCUAGAUAUUUCUCCAACUAAAAGCAAGGUGUGUAUCUUUCAGAAAGGGUAUAAAAAAUAUUCUUUUCAAGUUAAAGUUGAUGGUUUUGAUGUUCAGUUAUCCCCGUACGUUAAAUAUUUAGGUGUAUGGCUGGAUUGCUCUUUGAGAUGGUCCAAACACAUUAAUGAAAUUUCUGAAAAAGCGUCUAAGUACUUAAAUCUUUUAAAAAUUUUAGCAGGAUCGGGUUGGGGAGUUCAUCCCAAGCAUCUAAGAUAUAUAUACAUGGCUAUGGUUCGGAGUCGAUUAGAUUAUGCAAGCUUUUUAUUCGAUGAUAGUGCACAGUGUCAUACUAGUAAAUUGGAUAAAAUUCAAAAUGCGGCCAUGAGAAUCAUUGGAAGCUUUUUGAAAACAACGCCAAUACACGUGAUGGAGAGUGAGCUAUGCCUUCAACCUCUCACUAUUAGGAGACGUUAUCUAGGUGGAAAAUAUUUGUUUAAAUGCAAAUCUUUACAUUUCAAUAGUAAUAUUUUAUCAUCAGUAGAGGAUGGAUGUCGUGGCAGUCAUACUUGGAAUAGGAAAAAGGAACCGUUAUUAUGGAAAUUACAAAAGCUUUUUAGGAAUGUUCGAGUAAAUUGCAGUGCUUUAUUAGAUAUGUUCGCGAUGAAAUAUUGGGCGAAUAUUGGUGCGUCUUUCUUUGACCCACAAACAAAUUCUAGGGUACGUUUUAAAAUUCAUUCGGAUAUUUCUAUUAUGUCAGCCGAGCUCGUAGCUAUUUUAGAAGCUUGUUCUUACGCAGAGUCAAUCUCAUAUAAUAAUAUUGUAGUCAUCACCGACUCAAAAAGCGCUUUACAACAUUUUGCUCGGUCUGGUUGGCGCGACGGCCAAUAUCCUGACAAUGGAGUUGGAUGGCGGUCGUCGCCCCUUGCGGCGGCCGUCGUCCGAUUCGGACGAGGUGGGCCCAUCUCGGGCGGCUCCCGGUUCUGUCCGGGGGCGUGGGAAUUAGAUGGAAACCCAAAAAAUAAUAAAAAAGAGUGCACUGUCGAGGUAGAAUUGCUCUCCGACCGCGACAUCACGUUGGCGACUGGGCGUAACACUGCCUCCACCUCGACUGCCGAGAUACGCGGUGGUAGUGGCUCUAAGCCAAAGAAGGCGGUGGCCGCUAGGAGGCGCGCGCCGGCCCGGAUCCUGAGCGAGUCCGAGCCGAGCAGUGACUCUUCGCGGCUACCUAGGCGAAUAACGCGGCAAUCCCGUAAGCCGGCCUCAAAAAGGCCGCGGGGAGUCCGCACGAGUGGCAGUGGCAGCGCAACGGACCCAGUAUUGCGCGCCGCUGCCCAAAAAUGUGUGGGGCCUCAGCCUCGGAUACGGAGGAGGAUGACUCCGUGGCCGGAAUUAAAGGCUUACCAGUCGGCCCUGAGGGAGGAACGUGUGGCCGAAGCCGCCCGCGCAGUGGAGGAGGAGGCAGCGCUCCAGGAAGUGGGGAUCGUGGCGCCCUGCCCGAAAAUUGCGGCGCCAAAGUCGGCAAAGGUUCCCACAAAGAACCUCCUCCUUGAGGUGGCGGAGAACAUCCGUCACGUCUCACAAGCGUCCCGGAACCUCAAAGGGACGUUUGUGAAGGCUCUCAGGAAGAUGCCGCCAAGCUGCAGGAGCGCGCGGAAGAGCCCUCCUCCGCGGAAACCGCGAGACUGGAGGCCAUAA